AUGUCCGGCGGCAGCGAGUCAACCACCCCGAUGCAGCAGCAGCAGCAGCUCGCGGCCAUCCUCGGCCCCGACCCUGCUCCUUUCGAGACCCUCAUCUCUCACCUUAUGUCCUCCUCCAACGAGCAGCGAUCCCAGGCGGAGGCCCUUUUCAACCUAAUCAAGCAAACCGAUCCAAACUCCCUCGCUCUCAAGCUCGCUCAGCUUCUCUCUUCUUCCCCACUCGAAGACGCCCGUGGAUUGUCCGCUAUCCUCUUGCGCAAGCAGCUCACCCGCGACGACUACUACAUCUGGCCCCGCCUCUCCCCCCAGACUCAGGCCACCAUUAAGUCCGUUCUCUUGACCGCGAUUCAGAACGAAGGCAACAAGAGUAUCGUUAAGAAGUUGUGUGACACCAUAUCCGAAUUGGCUUCCUCUAUUUUGCCUGACAACGAGUGGCCGGAAAUUUUGCCCUUCAUGUUCCAAUGCGUCACCUCCAAUAACCCCAAAUUGCAGGAAUCCGCCUUCUUGAUUUUCUCCCAGCUCGCUCAGUACAUAGGCGAUACCCUUGUCCCUUACAUAAAGGAUUUGCACGCUGUUUUCCUCCAGGUUUUGAAUCAGUCGCCCAGUCCGGAGGUUAGAAUCGCCGCUUUGAGCGCCGUUAUCAAUUUCAUCCAGUGUUUGAAUAGUGCUGCCGAAAGGGAUAGGUUCCAGGAUUUACUCCCGGCUAUGAUGAAGACGUUGACCGAGGCCUUGAAUGGGGCCCAGGAAGCCACCGCUCAGGAGGCGCUGGAGCUUUUAAUUGAGUUGGCCGGGACUGAACCUAGGUUCUUGAGGAGGCAAUUAGUGGAUGUGGUGGGGUCCAUGUUGCAGAUUGCUGAAGCUCAGAGCUUAGAAGAAGGGACCAGGCAUUUGGCUAUUGAGUUUGUCAUUACUUUGGCCGAGGCCAGGGAAAGAGCCCCCGGGAUGAUGAGGAAGUUGCCCCAGUUCAUCAGCAAGAUGUUCUCUAUAUUGAUGAACAUGUUGUUGGAUAUAGAUGAUGAGCCGGAAUGGCAUAGUGCAGAGCCAGAGAGCGAAGAUGCUGGUGAAACUAGUAACUACAGUGUUGGUCAGGAGUGUUUGGAUAGGUUGGCAAUCGCUUUGGGUGGAAAUACAAUCGUUCCUGUUGCUUCUGAGCAGUUGCCAGCAUUUUUGGCUGCUCCUGAAUGGCAGAAGCAUCAUGCGGCGCUCAUUGCGUUAGCACAAAUUGCAGAGGGUUGCUCAAAGGUGAUGAUUAAGAAUUUGGAGCAAGUUGUAAAUAUGGUUUUGAAUUCAUUCCAAGAUCCUCACCCUCGAGUGAGAUGGGCUGCUAUUAAUGCUAUUGGUCAAUUGUCAACUGAUUUGGGUCCUGAUUUGCAAGUUCAAUUUCACAACCGUGUAUUGCCAGCACUGGCUGCAUCUAUGGAUGAUUUCCAGAACCCUCGAGUGCAGGCACAUGCUGCUUCGGCAGUUCUCAACUUCAGCGAGAACUGCACUCCUGAAAUUUUAACUCCUUACUUGGAUGGAAUUGUCACCAAACUUCUUGUACUUCUGCAGAAUGGUAAACAAAUGGUGCAAGAAGGAGCCUUAACUGCUUUAGCUUCAGUGGCCGAUUCAUCGCAGGAGCACUUCAAAAAAUAUUAUGAUGCCGUAAUGCCUUACCUGAAAACUAUAUUGGUGAAUGCAACUGAUAAAUCUAAUCGCAUGCUUCGUGCAAAAGCCAUGGAAUGCAUAAGCUUAGUUGGGAUGGCCGUUGGAAAGGAUAAGUUUAGGGAUGAUGCCAAGCAGGUGAUGGAAGUGCUAAUGUCUCUUCAAGGGUCCCAAAUGGAGACUGAUGAUCCAACUACUAGUUACAUGCUCCAAGCGUGGGCCCGACUUUGCAAGUGUCUUGGACAGGAUUUCCUUCCUUACAUGAGUGUUGUUAUGCCUCCUCUGCUUCAGUCGGCUCAGCUGAAACCUGAUGUGACCAUAACAUCAGCAGAUUCAGAUAAUGAAAUUGAUGAUUCAGAUGAUGACAGCAUGGAGACCAUUACUCUUGGGGACAAACGGAUUGGGAUUAAAACUAGUGUCCUUGAAGAGAAAGCUACAGCAUGUAACAUGCUCUGCUGUUAUGCUGAUGAGCUGAAGGAAGGUUUCUAUCCAUGGAUUGAUCAGGUUGCUCCAACUUUAGUUCCCCUUCUCAAAUUUUAUUUCCAUGAGGAAGUGAGGAAAGCUGCUGUUUCAGCCAUGCCCGAGCUGUUACGAUCUGCAAAGUUAGCUGUAGAAAAAGGAAUUGCUCAAGGCCGCAAUGAGACUUAUGUCAAACAGUUGUCUGAUUUUAUAGUCCCUGCUCUGGUCGAGGCUUUACAUAAGGAGCCUGAUACAGAAAUAUCUGCCAGCAUGUUGGAUGCGCUGAAUGAGUGCUUGCAGAUAUCUGGACACCUUCUGGAUGAAAGUCAGGUGCGAAGCAUUGUGGAAGAAAUAAAACAGGUCAUUACAGCUAGCUCAACUAGAAAAAGUGAAAGAGCAGAGAGGGCCAAGGCUGAAGAUUUUGAUGCAGAAGAGGGAGAGUUACUUAAAGAGGAAAAUGAACAAGAAGAGGAAGUCUUUGAUCAGAUUGGUGAAAUAUUGGGAACAUUGAUCAAGACGUUCAAGGUUGCUUUCUUGCCAUUCUUUGAUGAGCUUUCAUCAUACUUGAUGCCUAUGUGGGGAAAGGAUAAAACUCCCGAAGAAAGGAGAAUAGCAAUUUGCAUCUUUGAUGAUGUUGCAGAGCAAUGUCGUGAAGCAGCCUUGAAGUACUACGAUACACAUCUUCCUUUUCUAUUGGAAGCAUGUAAUGAUGAGAACCCGGAUGUUAGACAGGCGGCUGUUUAUGGACUUGGCGUAUGUGCAGAAUAUGGUGGAGCUGCUUUUAAACCACUCGUUGGAGAGGCUCUCUCAAGGUUGAAUGUGGUCAUUGGGGCCCCUAAUUCCCAGCAGUCGGAAAAUGUGAUGGCAUAUGAUAAUGCUGUUUCUGCUCUGGGGAAGAUAUGUCAGUUUCAUCGUGACAGUAUUGAUUCAGCACAGGUGGUUCCUGCAUGGCUGGGAUGUUUGCCUAUAAAAGGUGAUCUAAUUGAGGCGAAAGUGGUACAUGAACAACUUUGUGCUAUGGUCGAAAGGUCCGAUAGGGAGCUUUUGGGUCCUAAUAAUCAAUACCUGCCUAAAAUUGUUUCCGUCUUUGCCGAGGUAAUCUGUGCGGGGAAAGACCUAGCUACAGAGCAAACAAUGGGCAGAAUGGUGAAUUUGUUGAGGCAGCUACAACAGACAUUGCCGCCUGCCACCCUGGCAUCGACUUGGUCAUCAUUGCAACCUCAGCAGCAGCUUGCAUUGCAAUCCAUAUUUUCGUCCUAA